AUGUCUGGCUAUUAUGUCAGCUCGUACAAAGAUCAAAAACGUAAUGAAACAAGGUAUUUGUCUGUGACACAGUUCGAACCCGCUUAUGCGCGUACCGCCUUUCCCUGUUUCGAUGAGCCGGCGUUCAAGGCUACGUUCAACAUUACUCUCGGUCAUCACAGGAAAUACGUGGCUCUGAGUAAUAUGCCCGUCACAAAGAAGAUUUCCAUAUCUGGUCGUAAGAACUGGCUGUGGACGAUUUUUGAGCAAACGUUGCCCAUGUCGUCCUAUUUGGUUUGCUAUAGUGUCAACGACUUUGCGGGACUCAAAUCGCAAAGUACCUUCAGUGUAGAGUUUACCACCUGGGCACCUGCUUCAGCCAUUGCGCAAUGCAAGUAUGCUGCCCACAUCGGUCCACGCCUAUUGGACUAUUACGAACGUGUAUUUGAAAUAGACUAUCCUCUUCCCAAAGUAGACCAGCUGGCAGUGCCGGACUUUAGCGCUGGAGCGAUGGAAAAUUGGGGUCUCAUAACGUACCGCGAGGCGGCACUAUUUUAUGCGCCGGAAGCCUCCUCUGAAGUGGACAAGCAGCGUGUGGCGAACAUCAUUGCCCAUGAACUAGCCCAUCAAUGGUUUGGUAAUCUUGUAACAAUGAAGUGGUGGAAUGAUCUAUGGCUCAAUGAGGGAUUUGCCACUUAUGUAGCCACAUUGGGCAUGCAAGAGCUCUGCAAAAAGUGGCAUGCUUAUGCAGAGGAGUCGCUGGAGAAUAUGAUGGUUGUACUUAACUCAGAUGCGUACCAUACUACACGUGCCAUUUCCCAGUCGGUGAGCAGGGCUAGUCAGUUUGCGGAGCAGUUUGACCCUAUCACCUAUCGCAAGGGUGCAGUCAUCAUCCGUAUGAUGCACAUGUUUACUGGCGAUAUGACAUUCCGCAAAGGACUCAACUGCUAUCUGAAGCGGCACGCCUACGGCAACGCAGAUCAAAAUGAUCUGUGGCGGUCACUCUCGGAAGCUGCACAUAAAUUCGGAAGUAUGCCUAGGUAUCUGGACGUACAGAGGGUCAUGGAUACUUGGACGCUGCAAGCUGGCUAUCCACUGAUCACAGUACAUCGUGACUAUGUAAGAAACACGAUGUCUAUCAAUCAGAGGAGGUUUCUCAUAGAUGGCUUAGGCAAAACUAUGGAAAAGGACAAUUCCAUUUCCAAUGGGUGUUGGUUUGUUCCAAUAAGCUUUACUUUGGCACGCAGGGCCAAUUUUACAGCAACGGAACCACGAGUAUGGUUGCAAUGCGAUAGCCAAGUUAACGACAUACCUCUCGAGGCUCGAUCGCCGCUGAGUGCUGAAGCGGAUCAAUGGCUUAUCCUUAACGUUCAACUGACGGCGCCUUUUCGAGUCAACUAUGACACCGUAAACUGGCGACUCAUUAUUAAAACAUUACAUGGGGGUGAUUUCCGGCGUAUUCAUACCAUGAACCGUGCCCAGCUAAUUAAUGAUGCUCUGGCUUUAUCUUGGAAUGGUCAUCUGUGCUAUAAGAUUGCCUUAGACCUGCUUAGAUAUAUCAAACAGGAGCAUGCGUAUAUGCCUUGGCGCGCCGCCUUAGAUCAUUUGGAAACAAUUUACCGGAUCAUAAAGCAAACUGCCGACUUUACCCUUUUUCAGAACUUUAUGAAUGAUUUGCUGAGACCGAUUUACGUUUAUCUUGGUGGAAUGGAAACACAGUCAAAAGGUCACCAUGUCGCUCACAAGACAUUGAUUAAUCAAUGGGCAUGUCGGUUGGCUCUUUCAGAUUGCCGUAAACGUGCUGUGCAGUAUUACCAUCGCUGGUUUAUUUCAAACGAUCCAGAUCUGGUAAAUCCCGUACCUCAAAACCUUCGAUCGGUGGUUUAUUGUGCAGCCCUGCGGCAAGGCGAUGAGUACGACUGGAACUUUUUAUGGCAACGCUAUUGCAACGCAACGGUGGCCAGUGAGCGACGAUUGAUACUUCAGGCUCUGGGAUGCACACGGAUAGUAUGGGUGAUUCGUCGAUAUCUUGAGAUUAUUUUCAAUGAGAAUUCGUCAAUACGCAAGCAGGACAUUUCUUUAGCUUUUGGAGCCAUUACGCGGAGUCACAUCGGAUUUCCUUUGGCCAAAAAUUAUUUUAUGAAUAAUUUCACUCUGCUAACGAAGUCUUUAGAGUCGAAUUUCCGCGAGCUAGCUGCGUUGCUUCUACAGAUAACUCAACACAUAAGUAGCCCUCACGAUUACAGGGAAUUAAAAAUGUUCAUCGACUGCCACAGAAAACUCGAGAAGCUAGCCACACGCAGUGUAAGGCACGCUGUUGAGCACGCCCAGGUUAACUUACACUGGCGGCAGAAACAACAGCCAGAGUUCACGCGGUGGCUCAAAGCCCGCUACUAACUAGGAAAUACGGCUUAUGCACUUUUACAUCCCAUGAUUUGUAUUAAGAUAUCCUCUUUAGGCUUCCAGCUCCCAAGCACCGGUUGGUUUGGUUCGAACCAAUGCAUAUUACGAGUAAUAUUCAUUAAAUAGCUCCGAAAUAGUCAUUAACCCCAUAUCAAAAGAUAAACAGAUCUUAAUUGCAAAAGCUGAA